AUGGCAAAUGAGUCACACUCAAUAUGGAAUGAGAAUCCUGAAACAUAUUUCACAGUAAAGUUGGUGUAUUCUGCAUUCGUCACACUUAUUUACCCAUUUGCACAUUAUUGUGUGCUCGCCAAGUCACCGAAGAGCUUUGGUUUGUUGAAAUGGAUUAUUUAUGUUCACUGCAUUUGCUUCACCUGUGAAUGGUUGGGCAACGUUUUCUUCAUCGAUGUCUAUGAUUUCCAACCUUCAGUUUUUGUCAAAAUAAAUGGAAUCCUAAAAAAUUAUAUCCAUCCAAUUCAACUCUAUCAGGCUUAUGUCAUAUUAGAAGGAAUCACCGAAACGUCUGGACUAAUUCUUUUCACUAGUCGUGUUCUCCUGAUCGUAGACCUCUACAGACCCCGACCAUCGAUUCAGAGAAGAAUCUGUGAAUUUUUGAUAUACUGCGUAGUUUUUGCGUUUGGCAUGUGGGCUAUUCCCAUGAUAAUUUGGCAAUUGCCAGAUCAAAAGUUUGCAAAACUAAAUGUAAUCAAAACCCACGAGUUCUAUCCGGAUUGCAUUUGGGACUCGAACGUUAUUGCAAUAACUUCCACGGAUUCUACUGAAGAGGAUGUAAUUUGUGUUUUAAUAGUGGCGAAUUGCGUUUCUAUCGGAUUUGCGAUAUUUAUUUCUGCCAAGAUUGCGUUUUACAUGCUCUCGAGAAGAAUGAUAAAUCAGUCAGAGGCAACGAAAAAAAUGCACAAGAAAUUUAACGAGAGAACUAUUUUACAAGCAAUACUCUACUUCACCUUCUGCUGUGUCCCAUUUUCGGUACUUUACCUCACUAUACUCUUAGAAGUUCACAUCCCAGGGAGCACAUAUUUCAUUGAUAUCUUUUCUGAAAACCAUCCGACAGCUUGUGCAGUUUCCUUAUUUUUAUUUUAUGAUCCAUAUCAGUACUAUCUGAUGGAACUUCUUGGGAUUAAACUCCGCCAGAAAAUAAGCAAUGCGUCGACUAUUCUGGUUGAGAAAGUGAACACAAUUUCAAGGAAUUCGAAUAUAGUUUUUAUUUGA